AUGGAUAUUGCCGGUCCUCUGCCACUCAACAUGCCAGAAAAUGAAUUGGCAAUCCUUGACCGCAUUCUCAACGCUCUCAUUCAUCGCAUGAAUGUACUCGUGGAUGGUCUCGAGACUCCGCAAGAAGUGUUAGAUUUUCUCGAAGAAACUGUCAUUAUCGCCGAGAGAAUGUUCAUCGUCGGUAACGAGCCACUGACUGGCAAUGGCGUCACCGACCUUGAGAACCUGUACUGGGCCCUUUUUCCGCGUUAUGUUCACCUCAUCCUGAAUGACGUGGCAUUCUUGGAGAUGUUGAACAACAACUGA